AUGCUAGAUGAUCGAUGGCCGAAUUCAGUGAAGAGCAGUCGUAAUCAUCAUCAUCACGAGAGCCCGUCGUAUAGAAGCCAUUCGAUCGACACUGCCGCUGAUAGAUCGCCCAUUCAUUAUCAAAACAACAACCGUUUGGGGUAUCAUCGACACGAUUAUCCAGUUUGUGGGGUCUCACCGCGAUAUUCGAGUAAUUAUUAUCCGCCGUCGUCAUCCCAUCAUCAUCAGUCGCAUCAGCAACGUUCGCAGCCCGAAAUGCUACGAUCACGACAGUUUCCGGAGAUUGCUGGAAUCGCCAGCGACGAGCAGCCGACGUUGCGACGAUUCACGCGUUACAAUCAAUCGAUCAACACGAACCUCAAAUCGGAUUCACAUCGAAUGGAGCUGAUUGAUGAGGCGAAACGGACCACCAAUUCCAAUGGCGGUUCGGUUUUCGCGAAAAGCAUGAAGAAGCCAUUAUUCUUCAUGGGAAACUGGACGUUUCGCGACAAGAACAAACCAUCGAGACCCUCAAUUAAUACAGUAAUACGCGAGGAGCGACCGAUGAGCAUCAAUCUGAGCGAUGUGCGAACAUCGCGGAGCAAAAGCGGCGAUGCUACCGUAUCGCGAACGUCGAUAAUCAUUGGUGAUGAGAGACAUCCGAAUGAGUUUCCGCGGCACGUUGAGACUCGAAUUCCGGUGAGAAUUGAGAGGAGCUCAAUGAUUCGCCAGAAGCCGUGCAGUCUGAACUCGUCGUCGUCAUCAUCGGCAUCCUCGCCGUCACAAGAAUACAAAACAAGCAUCGCUGUGAUGAAUGAGCCGGAUGAGCCAGUGAUUCGUCCGCGAAAAGAUUCCAAUCAAUACAGUUUUCAAUCAUGCGUUCACUUGCGGAAAUCGUGUCCCGAUCUUGAUACAUCAUCCCUAAGAAAUACGGAAAAUAUGCGGGUCUCGAAGAAGCGAACGCGACGAGCCAAAGAGAAGAUGGCGAGUGCCGCCUGGAGGAAAAAACCGGUCAAGGAUUGGACUCUUGACGAUGUGAUCCUUUGGCUACAAUCGGUUCAAAUGGACGAUGUCGCUUCUUUGCUGAUUGGCUAUGAUUUGACCGGAGAGGAUCUCCUUUUAUGGGAUGACGACACAUUGACUCGACUUGGAGUUUCGGAUUCGUCCACUAGAUCGCUAUUAUUAAAAUCGCUUCGAGACACCAUCGAAAAGGGUCCUGAGACGAAAAUAUCAACGGCUAGCAAUAAUUCACAACGAGCCCUAUUCGAAAUUGUCAAACAAAGUUCGUAUGAUCAGGUGGUUGCCGUCGAGACGCCGCUCACCACUCGCGAUAUAACCGUGACCCAUGGAAGGCUUGGAUGCCUCCAAAUCACCAAGGUCAAUGGGUGUAAUUUACCAUUAAAGGAGAAUGAUUGCCUAUUAGAGAUCAACGAAUGCGCCGGUGAUCAAUUCAAAUCAGCGUUGAUGCUCACAAAACUCAUCACAGAUUCCAAUGGAAUGCCUAUUCGAUUUGUCGUUCUUCGAAAGAAGACUGAUUGUGGAAGCGAAGAGCCAUCGGUAAGCAAAGAGUCAUCAAGCAGUGGAAUCUCAUCGACACCACAUACUCCUUUGGCCUAA